GACGAUCGCCAAUCCAGCAGAUCACGAUGCACCUCAGCGAGACGUGGACAGAGCGUACGGGUGGUCACUCCACAAUCUGCUCCAGUUCAAUUCGGGAAAGUGCAAUGUGGUUCACAUUCACCAAGAGCCGAACAUCACAUACAAGAGUGGAGACCAUGUUCUGCAAGCAGUCCCCCAGGAGCGCGCACUUGGGGGACUAGUUCAGCCUGAUCUGAUUUGCUCAGAACAAUCUGGCUGGUCACCUGGUUAUCUAUCCAAUACCGCAUGGGCUCUUACGGCGCUGUGUCAAAGCCAAGUUGGCCGGCUCCAGCGUCACUAACCACUCACUUCUGU